GCCAUCACCGGAAAACAGUUGUAAUAAAAAUAAUAAAAGAUUUAUAAGCAACAAGACACUCGCGCACCGGUGUGGAUCAUUGGCGCACCGAGGGGCCAGCGAGAAAUAAUGCAACGAAGCCAAUAAGAAAAAGAAACAAAAGAAGCUUUUUACAAUAAACGGAGAAAUCGAAAAGUCUUCCUUCCCUCCUUAUCCAAGUCGACGAGGACCGGAGCAGUACGGAGAUUUUAACUCUGCUUUCUUAUCUUCCUCGGAUCCAUCUGUCUUUGCAGAUCUCUUUCUUAGGGUUCGAUGCAGCUAAAAUUGUGCUCCAGAGCAUGAUUUUGGUGUGCUUUUGUAGCUUGUUUUGAGUUUUGAGUAGAGGCGAGUUUGUGGUGGAGUUCUCGUUUCCUUGUGAAUUUUGAUUUUAGGGUUUGGGAAGGUGGGAAGCAGUCGCUGCAUGCGUUUGAGAGAUGCAGUCAGCAGUCGAGUCUGAAACGGCACCGUCUGACGAUCUUCAGGGACCGAGAGGGAAGCAUCGGAUGCUUGCGGAGGUGAAGCGCCUCGAUCAGGAAACGAAGUCCCUGGAGGAAGAGUUGGAAGAGCUUGAAAAAACAGAAAGUGUUUCAGCUAUAUGCGAGGAGCUGCUGCGCAACAUAGAAACCAUCCCGGAUCCCCUACUGCCAAUAACAAAUGGCCCUGCAAACCCCUUAUGGGAUAGAUGGUUUGAAGGUCCCCAGGAUUCAGGAGGCUGCAGAUGCUGGAUGCUCUAAUUGGAAGCUGCUUGGUGAUUGACGCUCAUCUCCAAUUGUCCCUAGACCUUAAAAUUUGUUUCAUUGCAGACAUGUUACUACAUCUCUGUUUCAAUAAUUGUUUGAUGAAAUGUUUUAUUGCGGGCAAUGCUAAGAGUUUUAGUUCAAUUGUGAUGAAAGUACAGCUGACACUGUUUUUAGUUAAAAUUAGGAUUUUUGAGCUUCCGCACACAUUGAGAAAGAUCAUUAUCAUCGUCCCUCAUCCUCUGAUAUGGUUUCAAACUUUUUCCUUUAUUAGUUUGAGAACUAUUGAGUGGGAAUUGUAAAAUAUGACCUUUACUGACAUGAGCUCAACCCGUAUGGAUGCCAUGUUCAAACACAUUCUGCUAUCUUUGAAAUACAAUUUGGUGUCUUUUCACUC